CGUCGUAGAACUUACGCUCGUGGUUUCGGUCUUAUCUGAAAUAGAAAAUUACAAUUGUAAAUAAACCUAUUUGGUUUAAUACACGUAUUUGGGUAAGACGAAGAUUUGUACUUCCUGCGAAGUUCCUGUAUUUGCUAGAUAAUCCUAAGUAUAAAGAACCAACAACGUUCUUUUCUUCUUAAUUUAAAGAAAGAACAAGCUACUACAAAAUCAUUUGAAAGUAAAAUCCUACCAUUUUAUAGCAACAAAUAAAAUCCUGCCAUUUUAGAGCAAAAAUUUAAAAAAAAUAAAAGACGGUCAGUUAAGGUUAGAGGCGAAGAAAACUUAAAAACAGUUAGGCAUCCCACCUUCCCUAUAGAUCUGGUUUCUUUUACAUGAAAGUGUUGGUUACCUAAACAACACUAAUCUCUUAACGCACGUUCUUUGAGUCUGCUGAAGCAAUGAAGACCAAUACGGCACACCAAAUAUUUUAUCUAGGUGUUUAUCUACUUCGUCUAAUCGUAGCUAAUACGAUGUCUCCACAGGACAUCUCUACAGACCAGACUAGAAGCCCAUCAGUAACAAGCAGAACACCCUCUCAUUUAAUCGAUCCUUCCGAAUUUCCCUUGUUUACAUCUAAUAAUUCAGAAAAUGAAUCCAACUCGGUUUCUACAGUUCUGAACCUGGACACCACACUUACGUCGCUAAAUGAAAACAAUUCCACAUCGAUCCUUAUAAACGGAAAGACUACUUUUGCAUCUUCAGAGAAUUUGAAUCUAAACAAAGAUUCAGAGUCUGCUACACCAACAAGCAGAGCGCUCCCUUCUCAGAAAACCUCUCCCACAACUGAGAUAAGAACUGAUUCAUCAGUUAACAUACCUAAAAUAAGCUCAAGAGAGGAAAUAGCUAGAACUACUGUAACACACGCUACUUUAAGCGCAGAAGAUCUUGUUCCAGAGGAUUCUUCUUCUUCAACACAAAUUAUUUUGGAGUACUUGGAAUUGACCACUAAGACAUCAUUGUUCAUCGAUGAUGCAGAAUCACCUGAGAUUCAAACUAUUACUAUCCAAGCAGGACAGUCAACAUUCCAUUCUGAAGAAAUUACAACAACACCCGAUAGUAUUUCACCAGAAACAGUUACUAAAACAUCAUUUGUAGAAUCCAGCGUCACUGGUUCACUCUCCAUUCACACAGACGAAUUAUUCCAACCUGAGCCUUCAUAUAACGAUUCAUUACUCACAGCAAUGAAAGAACCAGAACGAGAAACCGAGGGACCUUACACAAAAGAAGGUAUCACGAAUAUUUCACAAAGUUCCACGACAAUUGAUACACGACAAUUAAAUGAUUCUUUUUUAGUUUCUUCAAAAUCCAUUGACUUUGAUGAAGCAUAUCACCUACUUGCAGUACAAACGCAACCUCCUGUCUCCCUAGAUUCUACUGAUACCAAUUCCUCACUUAACUCAACAUUGUCUAGCCAUAAAUCCAUAAGUUCCACAAUCGACACCGACUUUGCUGAACGCACUACUACUGAAAUAGAACACUUUGAAGAGAUGACUUUAUCAUCCCUUACAUCUGUUGAGGUUCCUGAGGAAACAUCCUCACACAAGCCAACAAGCAAAGAUGUUUUACUUUUCCAUUCUGAAGGAUCAUCGACUAUUGAUGGAAUCCCAUUUAACGAACCUAUGAUUGCAAACGGGUCAUUUAUGACUUACGAAGAAUCCACAGAAGAAACAUUUUCUAUGACUUCUGACGACCCGUUGUCUAAAAACCAAACGUUCUUUGUCACAUCUGAAGAAACUCCGACUUCAAAAGAUACCUUAUUUAUUACUCAAGAACCAUCACUCACAAAGGAUUCGUUUUUUAUUGAGAUCAUUGGAUCUUCUUCGCCAAGAACAGAAGUCAGUCCGACUCAAAAUGCAGCAGCUUCAGGAAUAACUCACUUAACUGAGUUAUUAGAAAAUACAAAUGGGACAGGUAUGCAAGUCAUCGCAAAACCGAUUUCAGACAGAACAUUUUCACAGUCAGAUUCUACACUGGUGCCCUCUGCAGUGAACUUUUCAGCUGAAACUACGGAAGAUGAGAUUAAUAUAACAGAAGAUUUGACCGAAAGCACAGCCGUAUCCACAGUAGUCUCAAUUGGAGAAACGCAGGAAGUUCCCUAUUCUUCUUUUCCUAAGGAGUAUAACUACGAUACACUAAGCACGGAUGUGAAGAUUGGUAUUACAACAAUCGUUUUCUACGCUCCUGGACUAGAGAUAUCAGAAUGGAUACAAUACGAAGAAUUUAGAUUUCGUACUGUUGUGGUAGAACUUCUUGAGAAACUUCUGGAUGUUGCAACGGAAGAAAUGAAGAACAGUACAUCGAAUGACCCAGUUGCGAAUGCGCGUGUGUACAGCAAGCCCUUUUCAGCCGACGAUGUUGUUUAUGUUAGACCUACACCUAGAACAGAUGGAAGUAGGCUUAUCAUUAGUUUUCUGGUUGAAAACAAAACAGCUGAUGGUAGAAAUGGCAGUGUGCAUGGUGAAGUCAUAGUUAAUGCUGUGGCUAGAGGAAAAGAGACAUUGGAGCAAAAGGUGUGGAUGAACCUUACUUCUCUCUAUAGGGGAAUUUACGCAACUUUUGUAGAUCCCAACACAUUAUCAACGCAAGCAUCGUUUCUAGUACGCCAUCUGGAAGUGAUCAUUAUCACUGUUGUUAUUUUGGUGUUCUGCUUAGUCAUUUUAUUCGCAGGAGUUUGGCUUAAGUGCAGAACACGUGGAGUUUCGAUGUACGAAUCUGACAAGGCGGUUCUGGAAAAGGAUAUGCAUUCCACAGUAGAGUCUGGUGACCUUAACCCUGAGAACCAGAUUUUAAGCGAAGAAAUGAAGGAACAAGAUAGCAAAGCCUUGAUUAAUGGAAAAAAUAAGAUUCCUGUAGGGCUGGAUGACGAAGGUUGGGUUGUACCUUUUAAGGAGAUCCCUCUCGAAGACAAGAACGAGCCAGAUGUUCAAGACACUAAGUUGUGAUGUUUAGGGUAACGAAAAUCGAAAAAAAGUAAUAGGAAAACAUGUUUGCUAUGUUUUCUCUGACAGUCUAAGAUCUCCAGAAUAUGGGACUUUUCAGUAUUUUCAGAAUUCUGAGAGGAUAACAACCAUGAAACACCGCCCAACCUUCAUUUUAGAAACACCAGUAAAAUUAGUGAUUUUCUUUUAACUGAUAAAAGGUUUUAUACAUUUUCUGGUAUUAUAAGAAGGUUUUACAUUUUCUUUGUUAGUUUCAGCUCUGUUUUAAAUAAGACCUAAUAAAUAAUAACCCUAAAAUUCGAAACCCUUUUUUUCAGUACACGAAAUUGCUCCAUCUUGUAUUUCACACUAGAACUAAUACCCUAGAUAAAACGUUGUUUUUAAUAGUUAUUAAACAACAUCAUCAAAUAUAUUUUCAUAUUUGUCUUUGUGCUAAUCUAUUUUAUGUUUUAUUUUGUAUUUCCAAUACAUCUUAUCCCCAAGCGCUUCUAAUUUUUUGUGACUUUAUAUUUUAUUCGUAGUACCACUGUUGAGACUUUGUGUUUCACGUGACUUGAAGCUGCUCAUAUAACUGCGAAGUUACAAAUAUGACAAGACUUUUACAAAAUGCGAAAGAUAUGUUUUAUAUCCAAUUUUUUAAAUAUUAUUCAAAUAUAAGUCAAUCUCGUGCCCUUUUGUGGUUCUCAGUAAAAUAUUCUUUGUCUAAACUAAAUUAUGAUUUUUAGAAAUAACUAGUACGUUUUCUGAACGAUACUUUUAAUUUAAAUAAAUUCAAAAACAUUGCGAAACAACCAGUUUUCUGAAUCAAGAAAUAUACACAGGAGAAUGCACGGUGAAACCACUGGUAUUACUUUGAGUUUAUGGUGGUCUAAUCUUGUGAAAAAUCAUACAUUCCUAGCAACAGUUUUCCGUUAUGUGACAAAUACAUGUAUUUUAUUCCACAGACGCUUCAAGUUAAAUACUCGAAGUAUUAAAAAUAUGACAGAAGAGUUGCGAUUCCAUAGCCUACUGUCAUCUUAGUGCUAUUUUUAAUGACAGUUGACUAUGGAAUCAGAGUUUACCUACUGUAUUUUCUAUUAAUUUUGAUAUUUAACUGCACGCGUCUGUGAUACAUUUCUCGGAACGACUGAAAUGGAAGUUAUCUUUUUUUCUGUGUUGAACGUAACAUUUUGAUAUCUGUGAACUACGUACUAAAUCUAUGAUAACAGUUGUGUAUAAAUAGUUUGUUUAUCUUACAAUAGGACUCAAUUAUUUACAAGUUAAUUAAUGAGAAUUACAGAUGGCAUUUGGAUCGCUCAUACUUCUCAAAUGUUCUCAUGAUAGACGAAACUUCAACAUAGUGUUAGGCUUAUGUUAUGAUUAUAAACUAACUUGAGAACCUACGUUGACCUAGCUUAAACAAUAUCUAAAACAAGGCACACAAGAAAAUCGCUAGUUUAAAAGACUUAUUAAUUUUUUGUAUUUUAUUUCUUUGUUUAACAUAAAUAUUAUCAGUAAAUUAUCACAAUCUGAAGUAACGAUUGGUAUUUGAACAGAGUUACAAAAGGCUUCAGUUUUUUUUUUAGUGUGUCACCCACUUUGUACAGGAGUAAAUAGGUAUGUCAUCUGCAUUGAUGGAGUAGUGUUUUCACAAGGAGGGGUAAUGUUGAAAAUAACAUGAAUAAAUAGUCGUUAUGUGAGUUGCAUAACUAUUUUUGAGGUAUUUUGUAAGAUCUUAUAACGGUACAGUGCAGGAAAGCCUAUUUUCGAAAGUGCAAUGAGAAGUAUAGCCCAUGCUCUGAAUAACAGUCAGUAAGUAACAUAUUGUUGCGAAAUUAUCUGAAAUGUAUUGUUAAAAGUAUUAAGCAGUUGAUAUGUAUUGUUUAGAAAUGUUUUGAGCAGUUUGAAUCAUAAUACUGAAUGACUAAUACAUUGUUGAUGAAAGAUUUGAAAUGUGUUGCUAAAAGUAUUAAAUAGUUUUAAUAAUAAAGCUAGAAACAAACGGCCUUUACACUCCAGAUAAUUAUAAGAGGAAUUCUACAAGGUUAACACAUAAAACUGUUUGAUGUUAAAAGUGGAACAUUCCAGAUUCUUUUACUUUUAGAAAUUUAAGUGGUUGACUUUCUUUCAGAUACAAAAUACAUUCCAAAUAUUUUAAUUCAAUUGGAACAAUGAAUCGGUGAACAACUAUAUAUCGCUAUUACUACGUUUGUACAUGUAUCACUAUUUAGUGAUAUUUUGUAUACACUUAAAUUCGCGUGUGAGAUACAACAUGUAUUUUCAUGUUCUAAGUAAUAAACCAACAAUAGUUUUUCAUUGUGUUUUAAAUAUUUGUUUAAGAAAAUAAAUAAAGAGUUGUAUUAUUAUCAUUUAAGUUAGCAUUACUGGAUCAUUCAAUAAAAUUCUUCAUUUAUUAAAUAUUACAAAGAACUAUGUUUAUCUGUCAUCAUCAGGUGGCAUACAAGAACUUAGGCUAACAGAAUUUAAUUUUAAAAAAUAACAAAAGUUUUACUGUGUACAACCGAGAAAAACUUGUGUGAAAAACCUUCAUUGUUUUUUAACAAGCACAUUUUAAACGCUUUGCCAAACACUAAACAACUGUAGUAACAAUAUUGUAAAAUCAAACAGUAUUAAGUAGUUAACUGGACUAUAUAUGACCAUUGUUGGGAAAUUCGAGACAACGUACUUAGUAAAUUAACUUUAUGCACAAAAGGAAAUUGUUUUGUGGAGUAUGUUAUUAGACGUUUCACAUUUAGAAAAUAUCUUGAUCAAGGGCACAUUCCUGACGACUCUAUGUAGUUUGGUUUCGAUUGAAACAACUCCACAUAAAACGUUUUAUGCUUUAAUACAUUAGGCUAUUUCAUCAGCCUAGGUAACAAAGUUUGAAGGUUAUCAGAGAAUAAUAUAAAGACAGAUAUAGGUUUGGAAGCUGCCACGAGGAUUUUUCAGUCACAAAGUCUAAGGGAUUUGUUUGUCUCUAUGCUAUAUAUAUAUGUAUAUAACAAUUAACUAUCUUACAGGAUACUUUAUUAAAACUACAGUUUAUGUAUUUUUGCAUCUAUGAAUUUUAAAAGGGCAUGUUUAUAAACGUUGUAUUAUAAAUGUUACCACUCUUUGUUCCCCCUUGAACAUAAUUUAUAAAUAUUCUAGAUAUUGACUGAAUUUCUUGGUCCAACCAAAACAGUAGAAGCACGUUUUAAUCAGAUUUAACCCUCAAGUACUUGUUUUUAAAGGAAAAACAAUCGUGACUUGAGCGUAUGUAGUAUAUGUCUCGAUACCAAGUUAACUACCGUAUUUUUCGGAAUAUAAGACGCACCCUUAUUUUGAAGACAAAGUUUUUGGGAAAAAAAAAAAGCUACAGUCGCAUUUGAAAGAUUUUUAUUGAACAAAAAUUCAAUUUGAUU